UAUUACUGAAGAAAUAUUUCAGAUGGAAAAUGACUUAGAAUCUAUUCGUAUAACGAGGAUGAGAUUGAGUUAUGACUUCGAAUCAACUGGAAAGUUGGCCUCGACUGGCGAAUCGAUAGAAGAUAUAGAAACUGUGACUAGUCUCAGCAAACAAAUAAACGACCUAGCCAGGAAAGCCACAGAACUGGAAAGCACGGUAACGUCGUUGGGGUUCCGACUAGAGAGGGUGAAAAAACAGCUAGCGUUGAAACGACAACAGAGAGACGCUUUAGAGUACAAGUAUAGACGACUGACUGGACUUGAAGAACGACGGGUGGAACUUCAGAAGAGAAUUAAGGCUUUCCAGUCGGCAUUGCACCGGUUAGACAUAAAAGUAGAAAAGUUAGACAACAUAUUACAGAGAAAAAUGCAUUUAUUGCAACCAAUAAUUAACGAAGGAUUUAUCUUGCAGUCCGACUUCCAAGCUAAUGUGACGCCAUCAUUGUCCAUUACUGGUAGCGAGUUCAAAUCACCAACGCCACUUAUAUUGAGUCCGAGUCCUGCUAUUGGUGCACGGGACAGUGUGUUACCUGCCAUUGGUCAUAGUGUCGUUAGCAACAAACAUAUAUCUUCUCAAGGGCUAGAAUCAGUAUUCCAGUAUCUUAAGGAAACUCUACCGAUUGGCCGAGAAUGGCCGAACAUUUUUCGACGCCUGCCUUGGCCGAAAGAAAUUACUUCCGACUUGGUGGAGUCGGAGAUCGUGGAUAUUCGGAAAAACACUCGGGGUUUGAAGGAACAGGCCUAUAGGUCAUUCAAAGUUUGGGAAAAUGUAGCUGGUUCCCUAGCAACGAAAAACAAUCUAGUCGACGUGCUAGUAGAAUGUAAAUUGAAUAGAAUAGCUGAAACGGUUGUAAAGAAGAGAUAA